AUGGAUGGUCUCACUGGAGACAACAGACCAACCUUGGCAAAGCUGGCUCCACCUGUGUUUAUCAAGAAACCACCAACUUUUGUGGAGGUUCUGCUGGGAGACUCACUGACUCUCAGCUGUGGAGCCCAUGGCAACCCUCGACCAACUGUUGUCUGGCAUAAAGAUGAGAGUCCAAUUGAGAAACAUGAAAAAAUAAAAGUGCUCAAUGGUACCUUGUCUUUGGCCUCCGUCACAAGAAAUAUUUCAGGAGUGUACAAAUGUCACGUGUCCAACACUGAGGGGAACCUGACCCACUCUAUGCAGCUGCAGGUCAAAGGUCCUCCAAUCAUCAUCAUCUACCCAGAGGACACCACUCUCAACAUGUCCCAGGAUGCAGUUCUGCAGUGCCAGGCUGAUGCCUACCCUUCCAAUCUCACCUACGAGUGGUUGAAACAAGGACAGAAUGUUUACCAUAUUGAGUCUCUAAAGUCCAGAGUGAAGAUUUUGGUGGAUGGAACGCUUCUUAUCCCUAAUCUCAUCCCAGAAGAUGCUGGCAACUACACCUGUAUCCCAACUAAUGGGAUAUUGACCCCGCCCUCUGCCUCUGCACAUCUGAAAGUGAAACACCCUGCGCGUGUAGGCCGAAUGCCCCGGGAAACAUACUUGCCUGCGGGCAUGGAGGGGGUCAUUGUCUGUCCUGUCCAGGCUGAUCCACCUGUGUUGUAUGUCAACUGGACCAAAGACGGGAAUGAUUUAAAUCUUGACAAUUUCCCAGGUUGGAUGGUGAACUCAGAGGGCUCAGUUUUCAUAGCAACAGCCAAUGACAAUGCUGUUGGCAUGUACACUUGUACUGCCUAUAACAGUUACGGCACCAUGGGCCAGUCUGAACCGACACAAGUCAUUCUGCAAGACCCGCCAACACUGCGAGUGCCUCCUCGGCCUGAGUAUCUCCAGGAGGUGGGCAGAGAGUUGAUCAUCCCUUGUGAAGCCAUUGGAGACCCCACUCCAAACAUAACAUGGAGCAAGAUUGGCCCAACUCCUCGCUCUCCGUUCACUGUGUUGGCUAAUGGCUCCCUCCUGCUGCAGCCACUCAGUAAAGAUCACCAUGGGGGCUGGGAGUGCCUGGCCUCUAAUCAUGUUGCGACUGUCAGUGUGGGCACUGUGGUCAUGGUGCUGGGCACCAGUCCUCAUGGUGCGUCCUCAGUAUCUGUCACCACGGAGAUGAACCAGGCAAACGUGUCCUGGGUGCCUGGCUUUGAUGGUGGAUACACCCAGAAGUUCACAGUGUGGGUCAAGCAGGCGUCCAGGGGGAAACACGAAUGGGCGUCCUUGCCUGUUCCCACAUCCAAAAACUACCUGCUGGUGACCGGGCUUCUUGCUGGCACAGGCUAUCAGUUCAGUGUCCUACCUCAGAAUAAACUUGGCUCUGGACCUUUUAGUGAAAUCGUUUCUGUGCGAACACAAGCUGUGCCAACAGAAGCACCUACAGCUGUCACCACUCUCCCAAUCCUGGAUCCUCCCAUACUCCUGUCAGUUAACUGCACUGGACAAGGUGUCCUCCUUCAGUGGUCGCCUCCAGAGGCUCCAUCCUCUCCACUGACAGGCUAUGUCCUACAGGCCCGCAGAGAUGAAGGCCAGUGGGUCAUCCUCAGCAGCAACAUCAGUGCCAACCAGAGUGAACUACUUUUACAAGGAUUGCUAAGGGACUCCAAUUAUGAUUUGCGGCUGAUGUCUCGCAGCAACAAAUUACUCAGUGAACCCAGUGAGUCUGUCAAUGUAUCCACCAUAGGGAUGGAUAUUUACCCCCUGCGCCCGAGUUUCUUGGAGGUCAUCCCUGAGCCCCUGUUGGCUGGUGUGUUAGGAGGAGUGUGCUUCCUGUUUGUGGCCAUCAUCCUGUCGUUGGUGACAGCAUGCUAUAUGAGUCACAGGAGACAGCGUAGGCGCAGAAAGAGAAGACAAGAUCUGCCAGCUGCCUUCCAGAAGAACUCAUCUCCAGAAGCUCGCUCGCCUCCUCGCAGCCCAGACAGUGUCCUAAAGCUGAAGCUGUGUCCACCACUUCCCUUCUUCCCCAACUCCUCCUCCUCACAGUCUGAUCGGUCCUCCUUUGAUAAAGGCAGCCGUGGGGAAUACCACGACCAGCGGAAACAACUUUUGUCCAACUCGUCUCCACCACCUCAUUACACACUCUUUGAGAGUCACCUGGGGUCUCAGGACCCCUCUCCAACUACUCUGGAGUCUAUUUCCAGAGGCCCAGAUGGACGCUUCAUUGUCCAACCACUGCCAGAGGGUUCCAGUCCCUCUAAUAAGAAAAACUUGAAGAAGGAUGUCCUGCAAGGUAAUGGUGCAGCAAGUGGCUCAGGGAGCAACCGGACAUCAUUCAGGGACUCUCCAAAGUCAAGCAUCUUAAGCUCAGAGAAGGACGAGAGGAAGGAUUCUCCUCUCACUGUGGACGUCCCAGAGCUCAGCAGGCCUCCUCCCUCUCCUGGUAGAGUACGGGCCAUGGCCAGAAACUUCUCCCGUCAUGGCUGCUUUUACUCUGAUGACGAACAAGGCUCAGAGGCCCUGCUGGAAAGAGCCAGCUUUUAUUCAGACAACAGCGAGAAAAAACCUAGUGAUUCUCUCCGGAGAUACCGCAUGGCGGGCCACAAUGAAGAUCUGUUCCCCAGUCUGGGCAGGAGAACAAAGCUUCUGGAUAGAGACAGAGACAGGCUUCACCAUUUGGGCUACAAGCCUAUGGAAAGUCAGCUGACUAAUAACAGCACCUUGGUCUCACAACUAGACAGUGAGCUGGAAAGGGAUAGUAUCAACAAGUGUGUCCAACUGGCAAAGGAAAGGGAGGAAAUGGAGAGAGAGCUAGAGAGCUAUACAAAUGAUCAGAGAAGCCGUGGUCGUGGAAGAGAUGAGCGACAGUCUGUUACGACAAAGAGCCCUCAAAGGGAUGUGCCCAAGUCAGAGCAAGAGCCAGUAUGGAAACCACAAGAUGUCACUAUCAGACAGAAACACAGGCCUUCAGGCCAGACAAGCCGGGUAUCUGACUAUCGGAGGGCGUGCUACUUUGGGAACACCAGCAGUCCCAUGGACCGGCUCCCUACGUCUCGCAUACAGUGGGAUAUUAGCCCUGUUACCUCUGUCACCAGCCUCAUUCCUGUACAGAGCCCCCGGGAGACCCUGGGAUCACCCAGGUCACGGCAUCCUCGCUCAUUUAGGGAGACCUCGGAGGACUCUCUUGCUGUUGAUUCAUCACGCUCACCUGUCACCCAAAACACCUCCCUGCCCAUGCUGUCCCCUGACAUCACCUCAAAAAGCCCACCUGUUCUGUGUUUAGAAACCCCAGGCAGAGCCAGGUCAUUGAGUCCUCUGGGUGAUCCAGAUAUAUGCAGGAAGUCCGUGACUGACCGGGACUUGCGGGAAAAGACACAGGACGGAGGUGUUGUUCCCAGGUCCAGACAUUCAUAUGCAUAUGCAGGCUCUCAGCCCUGGGACUCAGCUGCCAGAAGUCCUUCAGGUGACAGUGAGCGGCCUGAAAGCUCAGCUUCUGUACCAUAUAAUCAACCUGAGAGAACUGCAGACUAUACAGCCACAAGGGAUCCCAGUCCCUCUAGUUAUUCUACUUUACCCUAUGAACAUCAUGAUGUAGGGGCAAAGGCCAAAGACAGAGAGACUCAGGGUCGGGAUGAGCGACGGAGUUCAGGGUUUUACUCUGAGUUAGAAAGGGAGGGGGUCCGAGCACGCUCCAGAAGGAGUGACAAAUGUCUUUUCUCCGACAGUCCUAGCCCUAUUUCAACACUGACUCUUGUAGAAGAGGUCGAGACCGACCAGUCCCAAUUUUCUGUGCCCAGAAUGUCAGAGUCCUUCAAGGCCAAGCCUGUGGCCCCAUCUCCCAAAAUGUCCCCACUGCAGACAAGUGCAAUUCUUGAGUACCUGAGCCUUCCAGGUUUCAUUGAAAUGAGUGUGGAUGAGCCUGUGGAAGAAGCUGAAGUCACAGACACCGCUGGACAGAGUUCAGCACAAAAUCCAGAACAAUCUGUGGUGGCUAAGCCUGAUGUCGUUCCUAAAAACUGGGAGGUUCAUGUGGAAGAAAACCAGGAAACAGACUCGAACUCAAAGGAGCUAGAGAUUCUUCACUUAGAGUAA